GUCGCUCUUGGUUGGGCUACACCGCAAUCGAAUGGUUACGAAUAUAAAUGCGGCGGCGCAUUGAUAAGCCACAAUUGGGUUUUAACUGCUGCACAUUGUGCUUCCGUAGGAGGCGACGCGCCGGUUGUGGUUCUCCCCGGUGGUGUUAACUUGACUAAUACCGAAUUCAAACCAACACAAAUCGAAAAGGUUAUUGUGCAUCCAAAAUAUGAGCCUACCACAGCGUAUGAUGAUAUUGCGUUGAUAAAAUUGAAAAGUCAACCCGGAGAAACCCAGCCAGCAUGUAUUGCCGAUCAUUUGCCUUUAGUCAAUCAAAAUGCAACUGCCAUUGGGUAUGGAGAUACUGUCUUUGGUGGCCGCCCAUCCGAUCAGCUGUUGAAGGCUUAUCUCUCCACCGUCGAUACGUUUCUGUGCCAAUUCUUCUUUGCCGAUCUGGAUGCGUUGCCAAAUGGCCUAAUGGAUACACAUUUGUGUGCAAAAGAUUUGCAAUUCAACAGAGAUACAUGCCAAGGUGACUCCGGUGGUCCAUUAGUACUAUACAUACCUAAUGAGUACGAAUCGGUUCCUUACAUAAUUGGUGUCACUUCAUUUGGCUUGGGGUGUGCGAUUAAUUCUCCGGGAAUUUACACGAAUGUAGCAAAAUAUUUGGACUGGAUUGAACCAAUCAUAUGGCCACAAUAUUCAUUGAGAAAAACUUAAUUCGGCAACAGAAUAAUAGUUUAUGAAAUCACGAAAAAGUAAUACUCCGAAUGAGUUUAGCAAAUCUCAUAGGGCUAGUCAAAAAAUAUUAAAAUAUGAAUUAUAGUAAGAAGCUCUUCAAGUGAGGCCUAAAUUAUUAAGUAUUAGUUUUUGUUUGUGAUUUCUUCAUAUUUUUAUUUUGCAUCAGAUAUGUUUACCACGCUUUUGAUUUUUCGCUAUGUGACAUUUUCAAAGAGAGAUCUCAUCAGAAUCUCAUUGCUCUCAUUAGUCUGUUCCAGUACCCAUCAGUUUUACAGGCAUUACUGAAAAGUACAUAUGUACAUUGGGGCAUAUUUAUAUUCGAAACAAAGUCAAUUAUAAAGUUAAGUAGUUGCCGCCAUUUCAUUGAAAAUUAUGACAAAAAGCAGCAACUAACUUUAGUGUCGACUUCAUUUAAGCUACGAAUAAGCAUUCUUAAGUUAUGUUUUCCCAACUAAAUGCUGGAGUACUGGAACAGACUAACUGAUUACACUGAACAGCUGAUUCUGGAAAAUUAUGCGCUCUAUGCCGAGUAUAAUUACACCAGUGCUUCACAUGCGCUGCUUCUCUAUGCCCUGCACUUGCAAUGUAAGUAUAACCAGCGCUUUAGACUUAAUUCUACAUCACAUGUUUGUAUCUAUGUACAAA